GGGCUUUUUACGAUAGUCGACGCUCGCAAUAUUAGGGUUUUAUCGAGGGUUUAAGCGUAGGAGAACGCGGCCGACGAAUAGCACCUCCAAAGCCCCCUCUAAUGGCGGCUUCGUCGUUCUCGUCCUCUCUCACAAGGCGUCUCCUCCUCUCCCCCCGACUCCUCUCCUCCUCUCGCCGAAGCUUCUCCUCCUCCUCCUCCCUCAUCGGCGACGAAUCCGACCCCGACUCGCCCAAACCCCAAUCCGAUCCUGAUCCAUCCUCUUCUUCUUCUUCCUCCUACUCCUCCUCUUCGCCGCAGCAGCAACGCGUUCCCUUCCAACGCCCUCUCGAGAACGGUCUCGAUCAGGGCGUCUACAAGGCGAUCAUGGUGGGGAAGGUGGGGCAGCAGCCGGUGCAGAAGCGGCUGAAGAGCGGGCGCGCGGUGGUGCUCUUCUCGCUGGGGACCGGAGGGAUCCGGAACAAUCGCCGGCCCCUCGAUCACGAGGAGCCGAGGGACUACGCCGAGCGAUGCUCCGUGCAGUGGCACCGCGUCAGCGUGUACCCCGAUCGCCUCGGCGAACUCGCCCUCAGGCACGUCAAACCCGGAUCUGUUCUUUAUUUGGAAGGUAACUUGGAGACCAAAGUGUUCAGCGAUCCAAUUACUGGACUAGUUAGGCGCAUAAGGGAAAUUGCUAUUCGCGGAGAUGGCCGUCUCGUCUUUCUUGGCAGCGAUACAAAUCCUGCACAAUUAGAACAAGGUGAUCUGAGGAGCGUUGGCUAUUACUAAUGGAAAAGCCCAAAGAUACAAUAUCGAAAGGUGGAAAGAAAAAUUAUGCGGUAGGAUGAUUCUGCUCGAGUUUUUGUGUAAAUUGCGAGAAUACAUGGAAAUAGCAAGCGGCUGAUUGCAUUUUAAUUCCACCACAAGUAAUUGGAAAGGAUAUCUGUUAAGGAGUAUGGAUGUAAACAAAAUUAUAUUGUUGUGGAGCUAUUUCAAUUCCACCAUAUUGUUGUUGAGCUAUUUCAUUUCCACCUUAAGACGAUUUGUAGGCUGAAAGAAUGCAGAGUGUUGGAAGAAUUUGUAUCUGCAUUUGAUUGAUUUUCAUUGCAGCAGUUCUUUACGAAAUUCGCACAGUUGGUGCGUGAAUGAAAAUUAAAAAGUUAUUAUCCA